AUGGCGGCACAAGAUGAAGUUGACGUAUGUGAAAGUUGGGAGGAUAUGGACGAAAUUGGCUUGGACCAGAAGAUCAAGCUGAUGUCCAGUGUCCCGCCAGUGACAGCGUUGAAGAGUUGCAAGGUUACUAACGUAAUAGUAGAGGAUAACGCGUGCAUAGGAUCACAGUGCGUGAUGCCAGAGCCAGCUAUUCGUAUUUUAAAGCGUCCUUCAUCGUUAGCGAACGGACAGCUGAACGGAGAAAAUCGCUCGCGGCCAGUUAAAACAUUAGAACAAAGACAGAAAGAAUAUGAAGAAGCCCGGUUGAGAAUACUCGGUGAAGCGAGGAGUCCAGAAGAUGUUAUUGAUGAUAACCUCACGCGGCUACAAGAUAAACUGCAAGCGAACAAUAUUAACGAUAAUAGUUGUAAAACCAAGAACUGUCAUAACGAAAAUAAUACCAAAGGCAAAGAACGAAGGGUGUUAGCACGACUGCCGCCCGGAACAACGAAUGCUGGUGUGUUCCCUUCACCUCCCCCUCCUGGGGUUCUCGUUAUAAGGACCCCGAGAGGUCCCGACGGCACCAAAGGCUUCUUAAGAAGGUAG